GCGUCCCGCAGUUACCGGUUACCGCCCCUCAAAAUUGCUGUACUUUGUUGCGGGACGGUGUUCCGCGUCGUCCGCAGGACUGUAGCCAGGUCGGGCGCGAUCCAUUCUGCAGCAGCAAUGCCGUCGAGCAGCGGGGUGAGCUUCACUCGAGGGGAGCACACGCUCGGAGUGCCGCGCGAAUUGCACGCAUUGAACCGUCGUCGCCUGUGCGAGAAGCUGCGAAGCACCCUGGGCAACAACGCGGAUGGUUCGUUCGUGGUGCUGCAGGGCGGUGAGUCGACGACCCAGUACUGUUCAGACCGCGAGCCCGUGUUUCGUCAGGAGUCCUACUUCCACUGGGCGUUCGGCGUCGAGGAGCCGGAUUAUUUGGGCGCCGUGGAUGUGGCUCAGGGAUUGAGCUAUCUCUUCAUGCCGCGGCUGCCGGACAGCUACGCGGUUUGGAUGGGCCGCCUGCCCACCGUGGAGGACGUGCGAGCGCGCUACGGCGUUGACGAGGUGUUCUACAGCGACGCGGUGAGCGACAGCCUGCGCUCGAAAGGGGCCCGCACGCUACUCACUCUGCGCGGCCGCAACAGCGACAGCGGCAAGAUGAGCGCCGAGGCCAAGUUUGCCGGCAUGGAGGGCUUCAAGGUGGACGCUGGGCCUCUGUUCGAAGCGAUGGCCGAGCUUCGCGUCUUCAAGACGCCCCUCGAGGUGGAGGUGCUGCGUUACGCGAACCGCGUGAGCAGCGAGGCGCACAAGGAGGUGAUGCGCCGCAUCCGACCGGGCAUGUACGAGUACCAGCUCGAGGCUCUCUUCAUGCACAAGUGCUACGCUGACGGCGGCGCCAGGCACGUGUCCUACACCUGCAUCUGCUGCGCCGGUGCCAACGGCGCUGUGCUGCAUUACGGCCACGCAGGCGCCCCCAACGACUCGCCCAUCGCGGACGGCGACAUGUGCCUGUUCGACAUGGGCUGCGAGUACUACUGCUACUCGUCGGACAUCACCUGCUCGUUCCCGGCCAACGGUCGGUUCACGGCCGACCAGCGCGUCGUGUACGAGGCCGUGCUGGCGGCCAGUCGGGCCGUCCUGGACGCCAUCCGGCCGGCCGUUCCGUGGCCCGACAUGCAUCGGCUCGCCGAGCGGCGCAUCCUGGAAGGGCUGCUCAACGCGGGUCUGCUGAGGGGCGACGUGGACGCCAUGAUGGAAGCCCGACUGGGCGCCACCUUCAUGCCGCACGGCCUGGGCCACCUGAUGGGGCUGGACGUCCACGACGUGGGAGGUUACUUGAGCGACGACCCUCCGCGGCCCACGGAGCCCGGACUGCGCUCCCUGCGGACGGCGCGCACGCUUCGCGAAGGCAUGGUGCUCACCGUCGAACCAGGCUGCUACUUCAUCGACGCCCUGCUGGACGAAGCCCUGCGGUCGCCCAAGCUGUCCGCCUUCCUGGUGCCGGGCGUGCUGCAGCGAUUCCGUCACUUCGGCGGCGUUCGCAUCGAGGAUGACGUGCUCGUCACGGCCGACGGACACGAGAUGCUCACGCAGGUGCCGCGCACCGUCGACGAGAUCGAGGCACUCAUGGCGGAACAUUGAUGCAUCUUCUUUUGUCGUUCCUAAUAAAUUACUUUAAAGCA